AUGGCGGCCCUCGCUCAACCUUCCACUGGGAAGACACCUCCUCAAGCACCCGCCAGGCGCAAGUCGCCGCAGGCCUCGUCUGCCGCCAAUGUCUCCGAGUCCAAGGCGCCCACCAGCCGCAUCUACCGCAAGGGAGAGCGCAUCGAUGGCUGGGAGGUCGGUACUGACCCCAAAGUCAGUACCUCAAAUGAGUUCGAAUUCGGUGGCAACCUUGGCACGUCGUCCCUGAUGAUAGGGUUUCCCCUGCUUAUGUGGUACAUGUGGAUUGGCGCCACUUACUAUGCUGGAAAGCUGCCUCUGCCCGAGGAGGGCCAAAGCUGGGGCGAGUUUGGCAGACAUUUGGUCGAGCUCGUCUACACCGGCGCUUACCCUUCCCUCCGCGCUUGGCGUAUCUACUGGACUUUCUUCUUCUUCGAGGCUAUCUGCUACUGUGUCCUGCCGGGCGUUUGGGCCUGGGGGAAGCCUCUACCUCACGCGAACGGAAAGCAGCUGAAGUACUUGUGCAACUGCUACGUCAGCUUCCACUUUACAAUUGUCGUCCUGGCCGCCCUCCACUUCAGUGGUCUCUUCCCGCUCUACACCUUUAUCGAUGAGUUUGGCCCUCUGAUGUCUGUGGCCAUCCUUAGCGGCUUCCUCGUGGCCUUUGUCGCAUACUUCUCUGCUCUCUGGAGAGGCGCCCAGCAUCGUAUGACUGGGUUUACUAUCUACGAUUUCUUCCUUGGCGCCGAGCUGAACCCUCGCAUGUUUGGUAUCCUGGACUUUAAGAUGUUCUUUAUGGUCCGAAUCCCAUGGUUUAUUCUCUUCGGUCUGAGCUGCGCCACCGCAGCGCGUCAGUACGAGAGGUACCGAUAUAUCUCAGCCGAGGCGCUUUUCUUAGUCGUAGCGCACUAUCUCUACGCAAACGCGUGUGCUAAGGGCGAGCAGCUCAUCAUCUCAAGUUGGGAUAUCUAUUAUGAGAAAUGGGGCUUUAUGCUCAUCUUCUGGAAUCUUGCUGGUGUCCCUAUGUCGUACUGUCACUGUGCUCUCUUCCUAGCUAACCACCACCCAUCCGAGUACAAGUGGAACCCCGUUGCGCUUGCGGCCUUCUAUGUCCUGUAUUUCUUCGUAUACUGGAUCUGGGAUACGACAAAUAGCCAGAAGAACGGCUUCCGCGCCCAGGAGCGCAACCAGCUUGUCAAUCGCAAGACCUUCCCCCAGCUGCCGUGGCAGACAGUCAAGAACCCCAAGACCAUCACCUCUUCCAAGGGGGACGUAAUUAUGGUUGACGGCUGGCUCGGCUACGCCCGCUUCAAAAGCCCCUUCCCUUGGUUCUACUCCGUCUUCUUUACUAUCAUGGCCAUCCACCGCGCCAUCCGCGACGCCCGCCGCUGCCGUGAGAAGUACGGCGAGGCUUGGGCCCAAUACGAGCUCGAGGUUCCCUACCUUUUCAUCCCUUACGUCAUAUAG